AUGACAAGCGGCACUUCGGACGCCAUGACUCAGCGUAUCGCCACGCAAGUGGCAGUGACAGCAGCUGGCGCUGCUCUUGCCUAUUAUGUGGGAUCCCGCACCAAGAAUGCAAAACGUUCUGCAGCUCAGCGUCGUGCUAAAGCGGUAGCUGAAGCGAUGACGGCAACGCUGCCGUCGGAUCUCGAACGCCACAAACUCACGUCGGUCGUAGUGCGCGUUCCUGCUACAACCGCCAAUAUGGGACCAGGAUUUGAUACUAUCGGUAUGGCGCUGGAUAUCUGGACGGAAAUUUCUGCAGAGAUCGUGGACGGUGACGCGUCGAACGUGAGUCGCGUGACGCUCACGAACGAGGGCGAGGGCGCUAAAGAGUUGCCUACAGACGAGACCAACCUCGUGAUUGUGGGUAUCAAGGCCGCCUUUGAAGCUGCGGGCGAAGACCUGCCACGUCACAUUAAAGUACACUGCAAGAAUCGGAUCCCAUUUGCCCGUGGAUUGGGCAGCAGCUCGGCUGGUAUCGUCGGUGGAAUCAUUGCCGGACUCGCCUUAGCUGGCAUGCGCUUGCCGGUGCACGGUCGGGAGGAACUUCUUCAGCUGGCUUCUGAAAUCGAAGGCCACCCUGACAAUGUGGCACCUGCAAUCUACGGCGGUCUGCAGCUUGGUAUUUUUGCCGAUGAGCGCUGGUAUUCCUCGCGUGUGCAGAUACCGGACGGUCUGCAGUGCGUCGUGUUCAUCCCUGACUCAACAGGCCCUACGAGUGUGGCACGCGCCAUUUUGCCACCCAACGUGCCUCGCAAGGACGCCGUGUUCAAUAUUGGUCGUGCUGCUAUUUUUGUAAACGCGUUCCGAUCGGGCAACCUUGAUGAGCUGCGGUUUGCCACGCAGGACAUGCUGCACCAACCGCAGCGUGGUGCUGCGCAGUACCCACAUCUUGAGCCACUCAUUAAGGCCGCCCUAGGAGCUGGCGCGCACGGCUGCUUUCUCAGUGGUGCCGGACCCACCGUCCUGGCCAUUACCAGUGGCCGCGCUGGUGACAUCUUCACGCAACAGCUGGCUGAGCGCCAAGAGAACAAGGUUGCCAAUGCCAUGCGUGAGGCUGCCGCUGUCUUGGGCGUCUCUGGGUGUGUGUUCAUUACCAACCCAGACCACCGCGGCGCCUAUAUUGUGCGUGCGGAGCCGCGCUUCUCUGACCGCUCUGUUGCGCGCUACGAAGGUGACGUUGCCGACUUAUAG